AUCCGCACGACCAUCCGCACUGGGGCAAACCGUUUGACCCAGGCCUGGCAUAGGGUGUCCCGGGUCCAGGAUCGCUGGCCUCCGCGCCAAAGCAAUGCCAUCAACUUGCCCACCAUCACGCGCACCCCGGUGGUGAUCACCACGCCCGCGGACCCCCCUGUGUACGCGGAAUCCGUUGCACUGGGUGCUCCCGAAGAGCCCGCUGUGCCCGCGGAACCCGCUGCGCCCGCGGAACCCGCUGCACCCGCGGAACCCGCUGCGCCCGCGGAACCCGCUGCGCCCGCGGAACCCGCUGCGCCCGCAGAGUCAGCCGAGCCUGCCGAGCCCGGGGCGUCCACUGAUGCCGCGGAAUCCGCAGAGUCCCGGGAGCCCGCUGAGGUCGCUGAGUCCCAGGAGCCCGCGGCACCCGCGGAGGCCCCUCAGCCUUCAAGUGGUGAAGUUCGUGAGAGUGAGGACCCCCAAGAUGAGACCGAAAUUUCCAACAUCAGCUGUGGCAUCUGCUGCUACCACCGCCUGCAACUUCGACUCCACCGUAGUAGCGGAGGCUUAGUCCGCGCGGCGCUGCACUGGGAUUCUCGCGGUCUGGUUCAUCUCCCCUUUGGCAUCUCCUUCUUGGCGGCCAUGAAGCGGCAGAACGUGCGUACCCUGUCCUUGAUCGCCUGUACCUUCACCUACCUGCUGGUGGGUGCCGCGGUGUUCGACGCCCUCGAGUCGGACCAUGAGAUGCGCGAGGAGGAGAAACUUAAAGCAGAAGAGGUCCGCCUCAGAGGCAAGUACAACAUCAGCUCCGAUGACUACCAGCAGCUGGAGCUGGUAAUCCUGCAGUCUGAGCCCCACCGCGCUGGUGUCCAGUGGAAGUUCGCCGGGUCCUUCUACUUCGCUAUCACUGUCAUCACAACUAUCGGAUAUGGACAUGCUGCACCUGGAACCGAUGCUGGCAAGGCCUUCUGUAUGUUCUAUGCUGUGCUGGGUAUCCCUCUGACGCUGGUUAUGUUCCAGAGCCUGGGCGAGCGCAUGAACACCUUCGUGCGCUACCUGCUGAAACGGAUCAAGAAGUGCUGUGGCAUGCGCAACACUGAAGUUUCUAUGGAGAACAUGGUGACCGUCGGCUUCUUUUCUUGCAUGGGCACCCUGUGCCUUGGGGCGGCUGCCUUUUCCCAGUGCGAAGAUUGGAGCUUCUUCCACGCUUACUACUACUGCUUCAUUACACUGACUACUAUAGGGUUCGGCGACUUUGUGGCCCUGCAAUCCAAGGGUGCCCUGCAGAGGAAGCCAUUCUACGUGGCCUUCAGCUUCAUGUAUAUCCUGGUGGGCCUGACCGUCAUCGGUGCCUUCCUCAAUCUUGUGGUCCUGCGAUUCCUGACCAUGAAUACCGAUGAAGAUCUUCUGGAGGGAGAAGUUGCGCAGAUACUUGCUGGAAACCCAAGACGGGUGGUUGUCCGUGUGCCUCAGAGUCGCAAGAGGCACCACCCCAUGUACUUCCUCAGGAAAUACGGCCGAACCCUGUGCUAUCUCUGCUUCCCUGGUGCCAACUGGGGUGAUGAUGAUGACGAUGAUGAUGACGCCGUCGAGAAUGUCGUAGUUACUACUCCUGUUCCUCCUGCUGUUGCUGCUGCUGCUGCUGCUGCUACUCCUGGUCCCAGUACCAGGAAUGUCCGGGCUACAGUCCACUCGGUUUCCUGCAGGGUUGAAGAGAUCCCUCCGGACGUGCUGAGGAACACCUACUUCCGGUCCCCAUUCGGCGCCAUCCCUCCUGGAAUGCACACCUGCGGGGAAAACCACAGGCUGCACAUCCGUCGCAAGUCCAUCUAAGUGUGGGGAGGGAAGUACACGGAAGAAUCAUUUGUCAUGCAGAUGGGACCUAACUGCAUCUUCAAGAGAGGCGCCCAUGGAUGCUGGGUCUCACUGUGAAGCCCAAGCAGGCUUCGGAUUUCUGACCUCUCCCGGGGACCUCUUCCACGAGGGGCGAGUGUCAGCACCCUUUCCCCUAAACACCUAUGGGAAUGGCCCAGCUAUACCUAGACAAAAGGCACAGAGACAUGUUCCUGUAGGGUCCCUUGCCUGCAAAUCUGUUGGGCCAUUUUGGCACCAAGCAGCAACCUCGUGAGUGGCGAUGACCACCACACAGUCUCCUCACUUACUACAGUAGAAGACAUGUCUCACUGUCAUGUCACUGGCCUGCCCUGCCCACCAAGGGGCUAUCAUUUGUUAUCUCUGCCUUAGAGAUGUUUGCUCUGGCAUAUUCUAGAGCACAUUCCUUUCCCUUCCAACUGAUGACAAGUAUCUGCUAUGGCUAUGCCCUUUUGAAGGUAGAGAUGAAACAUCUUAGUCCUUCCUUCAAAGUUUUUGACACCCUGUGGAUUUAGCAAUGUCCUUCACUGGGUUCCUCUGUGUUUGCUUCUCAUGAGUGAACAUACUGAGAAGCAAAUGCCUGAUGGGUCACCCUUGUGUGCAGAGAGUUAGCAAGUGCCCACAGAGGGGAGGGAGGCCUCAGGGUAAAGCAGGUCCAAGCAUGAGUUAUCUGGCUGAAGUAGACAUGGGGUAUUCCAAUGCAAAUCCCUGGAAACAACCCAAAUCCUGGUUUGCAUUGCACUGCUUGCUAUUCAAUUGCACGUGCCUUGGGAGUUGAGUGAGCCAUUAGCAACUGGCCCAGGAGCUAUCCACACAGCAAGGCACUUCAGUGUCUGAGGGUGGGAACAUCUAUAGAUUAUAGAAGCAUGCUGGGAUAUUUCUCCCUGUAGUAGGCGGGGGCUGGUGAUGGGAACAUCACAAGGGGAUCAGGUGGGGCAGUGUCAUUUUCUUGAGGGUGGUAGUGUGGCUGGGAAGAUCAUACACAAUGACACAGACCCUGAACCUUUGGAGGCUGGGAGAGACAAGAACAUCUACUUCUUGCUUCUCUCCCAUGCCCAGAGCAUCUGGGUGUGCUGAAAGAUGCUUGGGGCUGGUAUUUUACACACCUGGGACCAACCUCUGUCCUUUACAGUUGGGUGGUGGAUUUACCCCUCCGUUUCCACGUCUGUUUUCACACUCUGACAUUGGAGGUUCUAAGUUUUCACACGGUGCUUGUGAAAACUACAUGUGAAUGUUUACUGAACACCUGCUUUACUCCCAGGAAAGUAUGUACACUUCGCCCAGCACAGGGCCUCCCUUCACAUCAACUGGUUGUUGCUUUGUGGAGGACCGAACUAUAACUGUAACUCCAGAGCCAUUCUGGUGCAGUGCUGUACAGAUGAAACAUCAAGCACGUCUUGUAUGUGCGAACUCUGCUGCUGGUAGGGGUGUGGGUGGUGGGUAGGGGUGCAGCCAGAGCACUUCUGUUCAGCAGGUGGCUGGCAAGGUUCAGAAACGCUGCAAGACUGGAUCUCCAAGCCCGGCGUCUGCGGAUCCCAGAGGGCUGGUACUGAAGUGUAUGGGUAGGGUGGAGUGGGAAGCUUCAAACACAGAAAAUGAAACAAGGGCAUGCCUUAGAGAGAGGAGAGAGUGGUUUGGAAAAGCAGAGGAAAUCACAUGGGUGGGGCUCACAUUGGGGAGGAGGCUUUGCAUGGAUUCCCAAAGAAGGGGAGAAACUUCCAGGAAUGUACCUAGUGGAUGUGCCAGCUCCUUUUCCUGUAUUAAUGUCAAUGCUAAGAGGGAAACCAUGUGCUUGUUGUUUAAGCCUGUGAUUGUCAUUUCUAACCUUGUAGACAUUUAUCUUCAGGCAUCAUCUUUGUGCCAGUGGAUCCCAGAGGACACAUCCAGGACCAACGGUAGUGAGUUCUCUGGCAUGAAAGGUGGCCAGCAUGCCCAUGCACAUGGCAAAAAAGUGGCUUCCACCUGCACAGGACAAAGGCCUUCUGCUGGACCCUCUCCAAUAACACUGUGUGACCCUGACAGGUGACCCUUCCUGAGAGGUAGACCUGAGAAUGACUUAGAGCAUAGAAACGCUCAGCCAAGGAUGGUUCUGGAAGGAUUGGGGUAGAGCUCUAUACUGCAUAUGUUGCUAUAACUGACCUUCUAGAACACGGGGUUGAGAAUCUGACUCCAAAGGAUACCUUGGUUUUGUCUGAAAUUGUGUGGGGACACAAAGGUGGGUAGUGGGAGGGGUGGGCUUAAUCUUCCCUACCUUCAACAUGCAGACAACUAAUAUGUUGAAGAGCUCUGCCAGAGGUGGGUAGCCUAUGGUCUGGAGGGAUGUGGGAGAAGAUGAAGGACCUUGAGUAAACUUGGUUCAUUUCAAUAGCUUCCCAUUUGAUCCUGAGUCCCGACAUCUUUGGAGGCUCCAAUCCAGUUCUGGAGAUACUUGGUGUCAUAAGAACAUACUUGAUUUGGGGUGUGGGGUGGGGUAAGUGAGGGUGCCUGAAAAUGCGUUGGCUCUGAAAACAGUGUUGAUUUGCCUUUUGCAGUUUGUUAGGCAGUAGGGAGAGGGGCCUCUAGGCAUCUUCCUAAGAGCCAGUCCUUCUUUCCUUUUCUUCCUUAGAUACAGUUGGGUCACAGGGCCUUGGCAAAUCAUUUCUCAUUUCCUCUAUAGAAGAUAGAACGGCCAGGCCAGAAGCAGGUAUCUCUUAGAUACACACUGGUACAGAAGAGAUGCAACCCAUGUCACCCCACUCUAGACUCCUUGCUGACAUUUUGGUGGUAGAGGUCAGAGGAGAGACAAGGUCAAGUCAUUUCAAGACGAGGUGCCUAAGAAUAGGCCAAUUACCCUUCCCUAGAAACUUACCCUUUCCUAGGUUGAGCUGUACUGUGAAUUUCUUAUUGAGAAAUUGGACGGUACCUGGUUAUCAUCCAUCCCAUGGGCUCCCCCAGCCCCCACAAACAAUGGCAUAGCUGUGGGUACAACAGUCACCACAGUCAACCAAAGCCCUUCUUCUCCUAAAGGGUUCUUACUACACUUUACCUAGAGAGCACGACAGAGUUCCAGAUGUGAGCUGCAGCUCUGGGGACAUUUGUGUGCAGUACUACCUGAUGCCCACACACUGGUUCCACCUUCUCUCACAGAUCAGGUGGAGCAACAAGGAUUGCCCUCUCUGGUCCCACGAGGCCGAGUUCACUGGACCGAAUGUGGUCUACAGUGUGUGAGCGGUUGCUGUAGGUUUAAGGAGUAGAGAUAGGAACUAGAGCAUGCCUGUACAACUGUUUUCAUUUCUUCAAGCUGGAACUUUAGAAGUUGGGUAGAAAAAUAAAAAUCAAAUGAAAUGGGGAAAAUGCAGUGAGCGGGAACCCAGUGAAGCAGAACCCACAAUUAACAAGAUUUCUCUAUAAUUUGAUGGCUCUUCAGAGAACAUAUUCCAGAAAAGGGCUAAUUAUACAUUUGUUUAUUCAGGCCACAAAUAGCAUUUUGACAGCUGGUUUGGGGUUGGGAAGGCCCUUCUGAGGUCAUCUCAGCCUAUCUUCUGCCUUAUCAGAAACCUCCACCACAUGAACACUGCAUUGAGUGGCAGACACUGUGAAUCCCGCUGAGUAGAAAUUGCAUAAGAUGUCAGACCAGGAGCGUAGGGAGAAAUCUGGGGUAUUUUGUUAUUUUCUCCUGUGUUGAUAGAAGGGUUUACAAUUACACACAGAAGACAAGGAACAAGGAGUGUUGAAGACGAACUGAAUUUUUACCACACAGUUGAUAAGUGGCGAAGGUGGCCUUCUAGCCUAUCCCAGCAGAUCAAGAAGUGGUAGAACAUUCCCCUUAUAGCUGUACAGUCUUAACCUCAGUCCAGUGUGUAUCUAUGUACCUCAUGACAACAAAACCAGCCAAAAAGCAAAAAUCAAAAUGUCUAUCAUUUGUGACCCCUGGCAUGGACGGGAAGUUUGAAUUAGUGUCAAAUACAUCGAUGUUAAAAAUAAUUAGCAUGUAUUCGCAGGGCUCAUUGAAAGGUCUGGGGUGGGGAGGUGGGGACAUGGGAAUGUGGGCCUUCAUGUAAUUGUGUGUGUGUGUAUGUGUGUGUAUGUCUGUGUGUGUAUGUGUCUGUGUGUCUCUGUGUGUGUGUGUGUGUGUGUCUCUGUGUUUAAGGGAAACACCCAGAGAGAAAGAGAGACAGAAAAAGAGAGAAAGAGACAGAAGGAGACACACACACACACACACACACACACACACAGAGAGAGAGAGAGAGAGAGAGAGAGAGAGAGAGAGAGAGAGAGAGAGAGCGAGAGAUGGGAGAGAGAGAGAGAGAGAGAGAGAGAGAGAGAGAGAGAGAGAGAGAGCAUACAUAUACACAGAUAUACACAGUCACUUGGUAUCUUCGGAUCUAUGUGCUUUGUUUCUUUUGUAGUUUUGGGAAGUCGCAUUAUUGGGUGUUUUUGUGUGGUAUGGUACAGGGUAGUACCUGGGUUUGGUUCUAAAAGUGAAGCUGCCAAAACCUGGCUAGAAUGACCUCAUGGAAAUGGCGAUGAAGACCUGGAGAGUUCUACAGGAAAUGGGGUUGAAGUAUUCUCUAGCCAGUGCUACUUUCCAGGAAGGUGCCAUAGUGUAUCCUGAGCCCUGCGGGUGGGACUCUACCUUUUUUUCCUAUGGUUGGUGGGUAUGACAGGUCCAACACACAUAGCAGGCCUUCGGUGGAACCCUGCACCAAAAGAGGCAACACCAGCGGCCAUCCCUGCCCAACUACAGAGUCAUCUGCCCUCCUGUGUGUGUCCUGUAUUCAUCCUCGCUGCCUGCUCAGCCUUCGGGAGAGAGCACCUUCACAAAUGGCCUUAGAACAACAACCAUCAAGUGAAUAUCAGAUGUAUUUAUUAUGUAGCUUACCUGAAAAGAUGAACAAGCAUACCAGUAUCACCAAUGUUUACACAUCUUAGCCAUCUAGCUCAUGUAAAAUAUGUAUCUGAUGCAGGGACUACAUCUCUCUCUCUCUCUCUUUUUUUUUAAUUUUCUUUUUGUACCAAAUGUAGUAAACAAGCUGUAUAUAUUUUACAUGUCUUUAGAGGAAAAUCAUCUGCUGUUGUAGCGUUGUAAACUAUUGCACUUUUCUAUUUUUUUUUAAUUAAAGUCUCUGGCAUGUUC